AGAAUGGUGGAAGGAUUCGCCAAAGUCAUCAAAUAUGCCCUCUUCCUCGCCAACGUCAUCAUUUUGGUGGGCGGCGUGUCGGUGUUCGCCGUGGGGGUGUGGACCCUGGCCGACCGGUCCUUCAUGGAACGUCUCCUGGGCAACGACCUCUACGUGACCUCUGCCGCCAUCCUGAUCGCGACCGGGGUCGUGGUCACCGUCAUAUCCUUCCUGGGAUGCUUUGGCGCCAUUAAAGAGGUCAAAUGCAUGCUCCUCACGUUCUUCAUCAUCCUCUUCAUGAUCUUCAUCGUCGUACUCAUCGGUGGAAUUCUGGGAUACGUAUUCCGAAGUGAGAUUUCAGGUUAA